GCAUAUCCACGGACCACGACCCAAGUCGGACUUGUGAGGACAGCAUUCGUUGUCCGGAACGCAGACCCGCAUCGCUCAAUCCAUCUCGCAGCUCUCUCGCUGCAUCGAAGGCUAUCGAUCGAAGACGUUCGUCGCCGGAAAGAGAUGGUUCCGGGAGUCAUCACCGCCCUGACGAGCCCUCCAUUAGCGAGGUCGUCGAGGUUCGGGAUCAGCGUCAAAAGUCCACCGGAGCUCCACCGCCGCGGCAGCUCGGCCGUUCCAGCCGUGCGGUGCGACGCAAGCCCCGCUCUGUCUCUAUCCGAGGAGAGACUUGAAAAUGGUGCUUCUGUGACUGGUGGUGCGUAUGAUUUUUCCAGAGCAACAACAUCGCUUACUGGAAAAAUGCUAGAUUCGUCAAAGAAGGUCACUCUUGUUAGGCAUGGCCUUAGCUCUUGGAAUGAAGAAAGCAGAGUCCAGGGAAGCUCAAAUCUUUCCGUGCUAACGGAAACUGGGGUAAAGCAAGCUGAGAGGUGCAGGCAAGCCUUGUCAGAUAUGCAUUUUGAUCAGUGUUUCUCAAGUCCAAUAUCUCGUGCGAAGACUACUGCAGAAGUCCUAUGGCAAGGGAGGGAGGAGCCAUUAAUUUUCCUGGAUUCAUUGAAGGAGGCCCAUCUAUUUUUCCUUGAAGGAAUGAAAAAUGUUGAUGCCCGGGCGAUAUAUCCGAAGGAGUAUACAACAUGGAGGGAGGAUCCAUCAAACUUUUGUGUGAAUGGUGUUUACCCUGUAAGGAAAUUGUGGGGGACGGCAAGAGAGGCUUGGAAGGAGAUCUUGCUAUCACCUGGAAAAGAUUUUCUGGUUGUGACCCACAAAUCAAUGUUGAGGGCGCUGAUAUGUGUAGCUCUUGGUCUAGAGCCCGAAAGGUUCCGAGCAACAGACAUUAAUAAUGGUGGAAUUUCUGUGUUUAGCUUCAACAAAAGAGGAGAAGCGAUGCUUCAGUCAUUGAACAUGACAACCCACAUGUACAAGGAUCAUGUCUAUAUGUACUAGAAGUUCUUGGCAACCGUUCUUCUGUAUCCGAGCGUCAGGAAAGUGGCAAUGGCUGGAGCAGCAAGCACUUUCAUGCAUGAUAAAGGGUGCACGAUCUCCUGAAUCCAAACAAGAAGAAGCGGGGUUUCAUCUUCUUUCCUUGGAUGUAUGCUUUGAUUACGGUCGCUCUGAGAGUUGUAUAAGAGAUUGAAGCUUCACUGGUGCAGAAAUGUAGAA